AUGCAUAUCUUUUCUACACUCAUUACAAUUACGUUGCUGUUCAACACCGAACCUGUUCUCGGUGGCAGCAGAUUUUGGGAGUCCAAGGCCCCGAACCAGCGGACAAACCUCACACCGUACUACGAGGACCUACUCACGUUGAACUCAACGUCGCGUCUGGUCAAGCGUGCUAUGUCUAUCCAAAACUUGCCGAAUGACAACAGCGCGAAACGAAUCUGGCCUAAUAAGAAACUCAAAUACUGCUUUGUGGAGACCCCAAGUCCCUUGUUCAGGGGCGCGUGGGAUCUAGCCAGGACCUCAUGGCCUGGACUUGAGAGACAUGGUUUCACCUACGAACGUGUCGGCGAUGACACCUGCCCACCUGGCACCGAUCGGGGCUCCGUCCUGCGUAUCCACUAUAACAAUGUGGGCGUGUUGAAGUCAACAUACGGUAUUCCCGUCGUCGAUGCGUCCGCAGAUGAAAAUGACCCCAACGCCGUUCUUGGACCCUACACAAACCUGUCAGACAGCACUACUGUUGGAAUGGGAGACAUCGUCGCGAACAUGGCACACGAGAUUGGACAUAUCUGGGGUCUGUAUCAUGAACACCAGAUCCCUUUCUACUGGGAAGUCAGCGGCGAUAACAUGUUGGACGGUUGGAACUUUCAAUCAGGCGAUGCGGACACCGUCAAGCGCUUUGAGACGAAGCACUUUGCUUGCUCAUCGCUCUCUGACUACGACAAGGUCCAACUUAAGUUCGAUAAGCUUAUCGAGAAGGCAGGUGACGACGAGAAAAAGGACUUGAUUUUCGAUAGACAACGUCUCUGCAUAUCUCGAGUGGUUGCCAACCAAUACGGGUUCAGCGCUCUUGAUUGGCUUCCUUUGGAACAUGUCACCCAGAUGGUUGCUGACGAGGAAUUCGACCCAGAUUCCAUCAUGCUAUAUCCCUCGAAAUCUGGCGGCAAAGGAGCAGGGGGAGACGACCGCGAGCUUGUUAUGACGUACAAUGACGGAAGUGAAAUCAAGCCACGCUUCCGGCCCAGCCCCAUGGAUUAUGAGCGUCUGAUCGUGCUUUAUGGAGAACCAGCACCAUCCACGCUGGAAGUUCCGCAUACCUCAGGAUCAAGCGAUUUUUUGAGCAAGCUCAAGAAGGCCAGGAGUUUCAACGAGCUUUUCAAACGGGCUGGCGACACCAAGAAUGGAAUGUGCAAGAAGUGA